AUGAAAGAUUAAACUAAUAAAGAAAAUAAAUAAAAAGAGAUUAUUGGCAAUAAAUCUGAGUAUGAGAGGAAAAAUCCACAAUAAUUAAGUUAACUACAUGCUAAGGGAAAUCAAGUAGAAGUUAAAAUGAGUGAUCUUUAAGAUUUAUUCAAUGAUGAAGCCUAAAAAGAAUAACUAGAUUAGAAGAAUAUUUAAUCUAACAUCAAGAAAAAUCACAAUAAAUGGACUGUGAAUGUGUAAACUACUUAUCAUGACGGAAAACUAGAUGUUUUUCCUGUGUAUAGAACUGUUAGCUGCUCCAACGCUAAGGAUUUUAGGGAGAAUGACUAUCAUCCACAUUUUUCUCACCUAAAUAAUAAGCUUUAUGUCCAAGAUGCAAAGGCUAUUAUUGAUUUCUUAACAAAAUCUGAAGAUCAAUAGAAAAAUACUAGAUAAUUUAAGAAGAAAAAAUUUAAUCUAGUUUGA